AUGCUUCUUCAACUCUGCUCCACUUUCCGUCCUCAAUUUCUUCGUCUUCCUUUUCGUCAAUCCCAAUUUACAGAUGCAGUUUUGGUUCGGCAAGUAAACUUCUUUGGUGGAAGUAAUUCAGUCCGGCCAGUGAUACGUUGCCAGAGAGUUAGCGGAGGUCGAGGAGGCGCUAAUCGAAGCAAACCCGCAAAGCCGCCUGUUAAAGAAGGGAGUAACAAGACAGUAAUCGAAGGUUUAGUAACCGAAUCACUUCCCAAUGGGAUGUUUCGAGUCGAUUUGGAGAAUGGGGUUAACAUUCUUGGUUACAUUUGUGGUAAGAUUAGGAAGAACUUCAUACGUAUUCUCCCCGGGGAUAAAGUGAAAGUCGAAAUGAGUGUUUACGAUUCAACAAAAGGUCGUAUCAUUUUCAGAAUGAGUAGUAGAGACUAA